AUGAGGGUCAGGGGACAAUGCAGUCCAAGGGGAGCUGUGGAGUGCAACAAUAGUAGCUCAAGAAAUACCCAGAUGCCACGCUGUCCCCCGAGGAAUUCUGAUUUGGUUAGCACUCCCGAACAUUUACGACCCGGAUUCCGUGGUCGGCCACUUCAAUGCGAUCCCAGCGAUUUUGGAUUAACUGGAGAUGAGGAAUGGCGCCAUCCAAGGACGUUCAAGACAGAUCCUGCGGAUUUGCCGGAGGAGUGCCUGAUGGACGAGUCGGCACCUGACUUCGGUGAGAUGUCCGAUUUGCGAGGAGAGUGCAUUGAAGAUGAGUCCGCUACGGUUGUGAACGAUGCCUUCGAUACUCUGCAAAGGGAACGAGCCGUCCACACGGGAAAACUCUAUCAUGACAUUCUGGAUUGCUUCAGGAGACUUGGAGAAGGAAUUAGUAGGUGAAAUCAAAAUAAAUCAAUAAUUUUUAAUAGCUUAUAUCUAUGUGAUACAGGCGGGUCAGGGCGUCGUCGCAACUUUCCGCUGCCAAACCAAUCUGCCAACCUGAUGGACGAGUCCAUGCCAUCGUACCGCGAAGUAACUCGGGACGCUCUGGAGAAUGAGUCGAUGCCCGCUUUUGAAUCGUUUGGAGGUUCCUGUUUGGAGAAUGAAACAAUGCCAUCGUAUGCUAAUUUUUUACCAAGCGAGUGUACAGAGAAUGUUAGCCAACCCUCUUUCUUCGACAGGAGUAGAUCGCGUAGACGAAGUCCCAGAAGGCAGCAACAAGUAUCGAUGCCUUCGCAGAACUUGUGCGACGUAUCGGCACCUUCGUUUGCAAACUCAACCAUGAAUUCAACCACCAACGAAUGCUUGGAGGACGUAUCAAUGCCCUCGUUUGAAGGGAAUUCGCAUACUUCAAGGAGCAGAAGUCGAAGUGCCAGUAAAGUCCAAAGAUCCAGACACAAAAGGAAUUUAAGCAACUCAUCUGCUCCCGUUUUUGGCAGUACAAGGCGAGGUCAAACAACAAAUGAAUGCUUGGAGGACAUUACCAUGCCUUCGAUGAAAACAAUAUCCAUUAUGUCACCGAACAGAAGUGGCCGCAGACCGCAUAAAUCGAUGUCUACAGAAUACUUCAGUGACAGUCACAAAAGGAAACCCCCGUCAAGUGAAUGCUUAGAGGAUAUUAGUAUGCCAACUUGCGGCGGAUUAUCGGAGUCUUCUAGGGGAAGAACUUCUAGAAGACAACCAAACACCAGCGAAUGUCUGGAUGAUAUGACGAUGCCUUCCUUUGGAGGAGUUUCGGGGACCUCAAGGAGCAGAAGUCUAGAUCGGCAUCACAGAUCUAAGACAUCGACAAGGGUGAGCGAGUGCUUGGAUGACAUCACCAUGCCAUCGUUUGGUGGAAUUUCAGGUUCUUCCAGAAGGCAAACAACUCGGCCAAAUGUAUCGUCGUCUGAAAGGAGCUAUACCCGAAGAACAAGUCGCCGACAAAGGCCCAAGGCCUCGCAGAACAUUGGCGAUACAUCAGCGCCUUCAUUUGCGAACUCCACAAAGUAUGGAGAAACAAGUGAGUGCUUGCAGGACAUCUCGAUGCCGUCUUUUGAUGAAACGUCAGGAGCUUCCAGGAGUAAAAGUACCCGGCGACAGCAGAUGACAAUGCCUUCGCAGAACAUCAAUGAUAUAUCAGCUCCGGUGUUUGCAAACUCCGGUAGAGGUAAUGUGACCAAUGAAUGCCUGGAGGAUAUAACGAUGCCAUCGUUUCGAGGUGACUUGUCUGCCUCCAGAAGGGAACAAAGUUCAUGUCACCCAUCCUUAAGAGGUUAUUCGACGUCCAAACAGGAUUUGAAUGGUAUACCUAUGUCCGCAAUAGAUGAAAUAUCCUUUUUUUCCGGAGUACAAAAGACUCUGCCAAGGGAAUGCCUGAACGAUGUGAGUGCCCCAUCUUUUGGAGCAAGCACCUCGCGAGGAGCCAGUAGAAGUCACAGGACAUUACCAACUCGGAAUCUAUCCAGAAGAUCAGGUGCUUCUAGAAUUAAAAAUACCUCCCGGCAACCAAAGUCCUCAUCAACGAGGAUUCAGGAAUGCUUAGAGGACGUGACCAUGCCCUCGUAUGAAGGAGUAUCGGGCAUUUCUAGAACGAGAAGUCAAUUGCACAGGUCUAUGCCUUCAAUGACAAACGAAUGCUUGGACAACGAAACAAUGCCAUCGUUUGGGGAAAGGACACCCAGAAGACAGCAAAUCUCAAUGCAGACGCAAAAUAUCAGCGGCAUUUCAGCACCUUCGUUUGCUCCUUCAGGUCGACGAUUUGAUUCGAAUGAAUGCAUAGAGGACAUAAGCAUGCCUUCGUAUGCAGACAAUACGAGGGCCUCUAGAAAUGUUAACUCUACAUCUAUGCAAAGAUCGAGAAGGGGAUUGUUAACGAAUGAAUGUUUGGAUGAUGUGACCAUGCCAUCCUUUGCUGCAUCCAGGCGAGGUCCUUUGACAAGCGAAUGUCUUGAGGACAUUUCAAUGCCUUCGUAUCGCGGAAAUUCAUUAUCGUCUAGAGGAAAUAGGUCCAAACAAAUUAAAACAUCUAGGCAAGCAACGAUGACCAAUGAAUGCUUGGAUGAUAUGACAAUGCCAUCUUUUGGCAAUUCAAGUCAUUUCCAUAAUACUAAUGAGUGUCUUCAAGUCUCAAGAACGUCUAGAGGACAAAGUCCCAAGCAAGUGCACUUAUCUCAAGAAGCGAUCACCAAUGAAUGUUUGGAUGAUAUGACCAUGCCAUCAUUUGGUAUUUCCAAUCGUGGACAUUCGACUAAUGAAUGUCUGGAGGACAUUUCAAUGCCUUCAUACCGCGAAAAUUCAUUAUCGUCUAGAAGGAAUAGGUCCAACCAAAUUAAAUCUUCUAGGCAAGCAACGAUGACCAAUGAAUGCUUGGAUGAUAUGACCAUGCCAUCUUUUGGUGAUUCAAGUCGUUUCGUUAAUACUAAUGAAUGUCUUGAAAACUCGAGAUCGUUUAGAGGCCAAAGCCCCAAGCAAGUGCACAUACCCCAAGAAGCGAUUACCAAUGAACGUUUGGAUGAAAUGACCAUGCCUUCCUUUGGAGCGAUGACCAAUGAAUGUUUGGAUGAUAUGACCAUGCCAUCAUUUAGUAUUUCCAAUCGUGGACCUUCGACAAAUGAAUGUCUGGAGGACAUUUCAAUGCCUUCUUGUCGCGAAAAUUCGUUAUCGUCUAGAGGAAAUAGGUCCAACCAAAUUAAAUCUUCUAGGCAAGCAACGAUGACCAAUGAAUGCUUGGAUGAUAUGACUAUGCCCUCUUUUGGUGAGACCAUGCCAUCAUUUGGUUUUUCCAAUCGUGGACAUUCGAAUAAUGAAUGUCUAGAGGACAUUUCAAUGCCUUCUUAUCGCGAUAAUUCAUUAUCGUCUAGAGGAAAUAGGUCCAACCAAAUGAAAUCUUCUAGGCAAGCAACCAUGACCAAUGAAUGCUUGGAUGAUAUGACUAUGCCCUCUUUUGGUGAUUCAAGUCGUUUCGUUAAUACUAAUGAAUGUCUUGAAAACUCGAGAUCGUUUAGAGGCCAAAACCCCAAGCAAGUGCAUAUAUCCCAAGGAGCGAUGACCACCGAAUGCUUGGAUGAUAUGACCAUGCCAUCUUUUGGUGUUUCCAGUCGUCGAGCGAGUACAAAUGAAUGUCUUGAGAACAUUUCUAUGCCUUCCUAUGGCGGCAAUUCACGAUUGUCCAGAGGGGAAAGUCAUAUUUCGACGCGAAGUUCGAGGCGAGGGAUGAUGACCAAUGAAUGCUUGGAUGAUAUGACCAUGCCAUCUUUUGGUGAUUCAAGUCGUUUCGCUAAUACUAAUGAAUGUCUUGAGAAGUCGAGAACUUCUCGAAGUCAAAGCCCCAAGCAAGUAUAUAUUUCUCAAGGAGCGAUGACCAACGAAUGCUUGGAUGAUAUGACCAUGCCAUCAUUUGGUUUUUCCAAUCGUGGACAUUCGAAUAAUGAAUGUCUGGAGGACAUUUCAAUGCCUUCUUAUCGCGAUAAUUCAUUAUCGUCUAGAGGAAAUAGGUCCAACCAAAUGAAAUCUUCUAGGCAAGCAACCAUGACCAAUGAAUGCUUAGAUGAUAUGACUAUGCCAUCUUUUGGUGAUUCAAGUCGUUUCGCUAAUUCUAAUGAAUGUCUUGAGAAGUCGAGAACUUCUCGAAGUCAAAGCCCCAAGCAAGUAUAUAUUUCCCAAGGAGCGAUGACCAACGAAUGCUUGGAUGAUAUGACCAUGCCAUCAUUUGGUAUUUCCAAUCGUGGACAUUCGACUAACGAAUGUCUUGAGGAUAUUUCAAUGCCUUCAUGUGGCGGAAAUACAUUGUCAUCUAGAGGAAGAAGGAGCCUUAAUCGAACCCAAUUUUCUAGGCAAGGAGUUAUGACUAAUGAAUGCUUGGAUGAUAUGACCAUGCCAUCGUUUGGGUCUUCAAGACGCGAAGCUACCGCGAAUGAGUGUCUCGAGGAUAUUUCAAUGCCUUCCUAUGGCGGCAUUUCGCGAGUGUCGAGAGGAGGAAGUCGUAUUUCAAACCGAAGCUCAAGACGAGUGUCGAUGACAAAUGAGUGCUUGGACGAUAUGACAAUGCCAUCUUUCGGAAAUUCAAGUCGUUUCGGUAACACCAAUGAAUGUCUUGAGAAAUCGAGAUCUUAUAGAGGUCAAAGCCCUAAGCAGGUGCAUAUAUCCCAAAGAGUAAUGACCAACGAAUGCUUGGACGAUAUGACAAUGCCAUCUUUCGGAAAUUCUAGUCGUUUCGCUAAUACUAAUAAAUGUCUUGAGAACUCGAGAUCUUCUAGAGGUCAAAGUCCAACGAUGACCAACGAAUGCUUGGAUGAUAUGACCAUGCCAUCUUUUGGUGAUUCAAGUCGUUUCGCUAAUACUAAUGAAUGUCUCGAAAACUCGAGAUCGUUUAGAGACCAGAGCCCCAAGCAAGUUCACCUAGCUCAUGGAGCGAUGACCGACGAAUGCCUGGAUGAUAUGACCAUGCCUUCAAUUAAUAACUCUAGUCGCGGAUUUGGUACUAACGAACGUCUUGACGACAUCUCAAUGCCCUCAUUUCAACGAAAUACAGCUUCUUUCAGGGAAAGGAGCCCCGUGCUAAGGCAAAGGUCUAGACAAGAACCGAGUACCAACGAAUUUUUGGAUGAUAUGACCAUGCCAUCAUAUGAGAUGGUUUUUGGUUCGCCCAGUAGGGAAAAUAACAUGAAAAGUGAAUGCCUGAACGAAGUGAGUGCACCGACAUUCGCAGGAAAUUUUUCUGAAGCAACCAAUCAUAGUUUAGGAGCAUCACGAGCCAAAAGCCCCAGGCAGCCGCAAAUGUCGCUAACGAAUGAGUGCCUGGAGGACAUGACAAUGCCAACAUUUGGCGGCAUCUCGGGGUCAUCGCGACUUGGCCAAAGUGCCAUGCCCCCCGGACUAUCGCAUCGAACCCAAUUCAGCGAGUGUGUGGCUUCUGAGAAAACCAACGAAUGCCUCGAGGACGUGAGUGCUCCUAGUUUUGCCCCGAGCAGUCAUAUGGCCUCGAGUAGCAUGCCCCAGUUGACGAACGAGUGCUUGGAGGAUGUUUCAAUGCCACCGAAUGAUUCUUUAUCUAGAAACGAUACCGAGUCGAUAGCGCGACGUCCGCCCGACAUUUCCUAUCCAUCCGAGAUGUUGGCCAACGAAAGUGCUCCCUCGUACAAUUCACGUCAGUUGGAAGCGGAUAAUUGUGAGUGCGCAACUCCGCAACAGAACUCCAAAAGUCGUCCCUGGGAAAACGAUAGUAGUGCCGAUGGUUUGGAGGCCAUGACAAGGCCCACCUGCGAGGAUGUGUCGUAUCAACCGCGACGCCAUCAGCUGACCAUGCCCUGCGAAAAGUUGGAGGACAUCACCGAGCCCUCGGGAUUGCUGGAUGAAUGUGAGACGGGCGGCUUUAACUCCACGGACUUGCCGAGCUCUACAAGAUCGGAGAAAUACCAAGGAAGAGCCGCUUCACAGCAGAAACGAGAUGCCAAUCAUAACAACACCAACAAACAACUGGCCGAUGACUGUGCUCCGUCCAUACUGAAAGACCCUACAAAAGCAUCAAAAAGACCAAAGACCCUAAAAAGGGUUUAAGGAAAUAGCAGUGGUGGAAAUAUCAGAGAUACUAGGCAUAAUUAUCAGUAGUUAUUACUACGGAAAAUCUCGUUUCUUUAGCCGCAAGCCAUGAUAGAUUUAAACACCAUCAACUAGGAUAAAUAUGCAAAUUGGAUUUUUCAGCCUGGUGGGACAUUUUUAUAUUUUUGUAUGGGGGAAAGAAAUCAUUAAAAACAAAUUAGUAC